AAAAAUAUACAGAGUAUUUGUCUCUUGAUCUCAUCUUCCGUCGCUCUUUCUCUUUCUGACUCACUCACCGUCCUAUUUAGAGCAGAAUGUGGUUUCAAGACAGAGAGAAAGAAAAACCAACCAACACUGCGAGUCCAAGUACAAAUUUAAGUGAAAAUCUAGCAAGCGAAGUCACCAACAGCAAAAACAGAGAAGAAAAACAGAAAAGAGAGUAACGAGAUAGCAAUGGUUUCAUUCAGCGUAGCAUUCGCAAGAAAAAUGUACCUUCUCUCUAGCUUUUUGGCACUCUAGCUACACCCAGUGAGCCAUCAUGGAUGACCAUUCACUCACCCAAUCCUUUCCCAACCUCCACCACCAUCGGCACCGCCAGUCCUUUCACCUCACCUUGCCCAGCCAUCAAAGCCCCGAAGUGGGAUACCUGUCCUCCCAGCCUACCCUGAACCCUCUGGAGCAAUAUGAAAGUAGAGGGGAGGAAUCCACAAACUCCUUCCCGGCUUCAAGCACCUCCUCUGGAGGAAAGCGGGGGAGCAGUGGGGCUGACAGAGGCUUCCUAAACACAAGUGGUAGUGGUUUGGAUGGAGAUGCUAAUUUGGGAGGCCAUCUUGACAGAGAAACCGGGUUAGGCAGCCAUUUCUCUGACACAUGGUGUGGCAGUAGCAAAAAAGAGGAAGCUUGGGAGGACGGGGAGAGUUGUGAAAGCACUGCAGAUGAUUUUUACAGAAAAGACGAUUGCUACGGAAACACAAAUGAUGUUUUUUACAUGGUGAAUUGUGGUAGUGAGGAAGGAGUCAGACGAAAACUCAGAGCAAACUAUAAUAAUUUUACACACGUUAGCUGCGAAGCUAAAGGGCAAAGAGUUUACAACAGGGAGGCUAACGUUGGUCACUUUACUAAACAAACUACUUCCUAUGACAGAGCUGCCGUGGGGAGCUUCAGCGACAGCAGUGCCGAUUAUUCAAGAGUGAGUGAUAAUUAUUUAGGAAGAGAAGAAGAUUAUGGGUCCAGCUGUGGGUCAGGUGAAGAUCAGCUUCAGUCAGCAGAGCUGGAGGAACACUGGCUGAGUGUCUCCCCUUCGAGUCAGACUAUGGAGCGCAGGUGGAGAGGAACAGGAGACGCUUUGGCCUCAGGGUGUCUAACGCAGCGAUCACCUGUCGGCAUCAACAGUGGGACGUACACACAGAAACUGGACUCCUUCUCUGAGGCGUUUCUCUCCCAGCGAAAAAGGAGAUUGCCUGUGAUUCCGAGUGGGGACUCCUCAGGACAGAUCUGGCAAUUUGGAGUAGGGAGAGGAGAAGGUCCCGGAUUGGUCAAGUCAAGGCACAGCUGUGCUUUUGAUUCAGAUGCCUACCUGCCUCCCUCCUCCUCGUCCUCACCCGCUCACCCCUCUCCUCCAUCCUUCCCCUUUCCUCCCACAUCAUCUCACAUCAUCUCUUCAGUUCUUAGUCCUCCCCCCACACCACUACCGCCUCCAUCCCACUCGCCCUCCAAAAUGGACUCUCCCAGUGCGUUCAGGGACACCGGACAUUCAGUGUCCCAGGGGGGAGAGUCGCUUGGUACACUCCAGUUUUUCACUUCCCAUCUUCAGUCUCUCCCGUCUAUCCAUUCCUCUGGGAUGAUUUGGAAGUUUCCGCUGCUUUCACACGGCUUUCCACAGUCAUCAGGCGACUCUGGCAUCAUCGAAGGUGCCCUGAGACAUUCUCAUGGCAGUGACUAUGGAAACAACGUCACAGUCCCCCUUGUUCCUUCCCCAGAAGCGGCAUUCGUCACUUCUGCCUCUCAUCCUUCAUCCCUCCAUCCAUCCAGAGCCCUUUGUCCCUCCAGUUCUUCAUCUCUCCAUCUUCCCUCUCGUCCAUCUCACCUUUCCAGUCAACAUCACGAGGCUGCAGAAAAAAUAGCCCCUUACACUGUGACCCAGAAAGUAAAGAACGGACCAGUCACUAUGAACCAAUCGCAGCUACAGCUACAAGCUUCUCCAGUCUACACCGGAACUCCAUUCCCCAGCAUCCUUCAGUCCAGCAGAGGUCAGAGGAGGGGACGGUACACUCCCCAACCGCUCCUCAAUCCAGUUCGUAGGGGGCCGGGGCUCUACUCCUCCAUCUCUUCUCUGAAUCACAGAGACGAGAACACAGUAUGUGGAGCAGAGGAGGAUGAGUGUGCUGUGUUACCGUAUGUCAAUAUCGGCCAUGAUUUCCAGGCAGAGCUUCCUCCCUGCUUUGUGGAUGUUGAAGGGUCAAGGGUGUGGUCACCAGAGGAGGUAUCCCCUCGGGAACAGUUGCUUUGGAAACCAUUAGACAAGCUGGAGGAGAAUACCAAGUUACAGGACAAAGUCGAGAAGCUGUUGUCCAUGUGUAGUUCCAGCUGUUUACCAGGAGGGGGCAGUAACACAGAGCUGGCUCUGCACUGUCUGCACUCCUGUCAGGGGAACACAAUGGUCACACUGGAGAUGCUGUUGUUCUCUCAGCCCUCGCCAGCAGGAGACUACCACUACUCUGGUAGUGAUUGCUGGACAGACAGUGAAAAGAGUCUCUUCAGUGCAGCUCUGGGAACUUACGGAAAAGACUUUUCGCUCAUACAGAAAAUGGUGAGGCAAAAGACCAUGUGCCAGUGUGUUGAAUUUUACUACCUGAGCAAGAGGCUCCAGGACAAGCAGAAGAAACAGAAGGAGGAAGAGAGCAGAAAUGCAGUAAUGGAGCAGCAGAAAAAUAUACCGCCCAUCUGUCAGCCAGUGGAGAGACAGUUUGGACUGGAGGAGGCGGUUCCUGUGCCCUCAUUGGCCAGCUUCUUCCCCUGCAAGCUGUGUGGCAAGAUGUUCUAUAAAAUAAAGUCCCGCAACGCUCACAUGAAAAUCCACCGCCAGCCUCAGGAGGAUUGGGCUGACAGGCGGCUGCAGCACCAGCUCCUCACCCAACGUCUGGCUCUCAGUCGUCCCACCAACCUCAUACCCACCCCAGGCAGUAACCUGCUCCCGCCCCAGGCUCUGACCUUCCCCUCCUCUGGCCUCGCUGGGACGUCAAACACCAAUGCAGACAAUAUCCUCACCUCUGUUACCAAUAGCAACACCAUCACUCCCAGCAAUGCCAGUGUCCUAGAUACAAAUGCUGUGGUAACAUAUAGCAACAUUAGUGCUUCAGACUCUCAUGUCAUCACCAAUAUUGAUGGUGGUGACUCAAAUCAAAGAGCACCCACCACUGUCUUACCUUUCCACCAAUCAUGGGGCUCAUUUGGACAUGCCCCUGAUCCCGCUGCCUUCUACUGCAACACAGAAGGGAAAGAAGGAGCUGGGACAGUAGCGGUAAAAGAGACAAUCAACUGGCAGUAAUGUUUAAAAGCCCAGACACACCAAACCAACAUCAGAAAACUAGCGGUGACAUAAAGCCCCCUGCUGUGUCGCCUCGUGUAGCCUGCAUCUCUGCCAAAAAGUUGCACAUGAACACACCGCAAAGACUACAGCCGACGGUCAACCAACACGUUUGUUCUGCGCCUGCAUUAAAGGAAAUAUUUCUUCAUACCAGCAGACAGUGAUAGUCUCUAAUUGUCAUUUAAAAAGGGAGUCAGGAAGAUUGUCUUCACGCUAGUUAGCCUGUUAGCACAUUAAGAAUAUAAUCCACUGUUGAAAUAAAAAAGUAUAUAUACCGUGUGCCAGUAAACAACAACACAAACUAUUAGGAAACUUUUCUGCUAAAGAACUCCAUGGCUAAAAAAAACAAUCUUAAAUAACAAGUUUAUUUUAACCUCACUCCUUCUUAUCUUUAGCUGCUUGUUUACUUCCUUUAGUUAUGUUUCUCUUCUCGUGUGCUGAGCUGAACUGCCAAUCGGGAAUUCAUUCACCGAAGGACUUUGAUUCAGCAUGUUGAGUUGGCCGGAAAAAAGCAGACUAGCACCUCUGAGGUCCAACGGGGCAGGUGAAGGAUGUACUGUGAUCGCCAAACAUUGAACAAUAGCCAGCUGUCGGCUUGGUGUGUCAGGGCCUUAACUCGCUCAAAAGCAUUACUAUCACAGAAGUCUGACACGCAUCCAAACUAUGCCUUGUGAUUCAAACUAGAUUUCAUUUCAAAGUUCAGAACUUUUUUCAAAUAUAUUUCAGGAAAAAAAAUCUUCAUUUUUGUUUGGUUUUGUUGUAAAU